AUGUCGCAAACGAACGACUUGUUCGGUCACAGCGGUAGGACUCGAGAGGCUCACGUGUUUGCUCCUGAUGUCGGGCAACUGGAUACUUCUGUCAUUGGUACUCCCGGCAAUCCACCCACCAGAUUGAUCGCGUCCAGUGCCAGGCUAGUCACGAAUCCACUCAAUCCUCUCCUCGCUGCACAUUCCGCUCAGUCCCCACUACCCCCGCAACAAUACGUGUCAACUCAGAGCGCCCAGUCCCACACCACGCAACCUCAGAAUCAGCAAGGCCAGAAAGCACCACCUCAGUACCAUCAUUCCCACACUGCGCCAUCGCAAUAUCAGCAGGCUCAGAACGUAUCACCUCACAAAUCGGAGAUGAAUGGUCGUCCAGCUCGGCACACGCAGGAUCCGACCAGAUCAGCUCAAACCCCGCCAUUCCCUACCACAACACAGGCUCAAGGUCAAGGCCAAACAUCAUAUGGUCCAAUCAGAUCCAAUUCAAGCCAUCUCCCCGCAGCUGGCGCCAACAACUGGGCUGCCCCGCAACCCUAUACCGGCUACGCCCCUGAGUCUGUCAAGACGCCGAACAUGAAUGUUGGUACAGGCCAGUCGUCCGGAGGAUCAAUCUUCAACGGCUUGUCCAAUACUGCCGAUCGUCCGACAAUCUCGUCGCCGUACGCCAGAAAUGGCUCUGCUCCCCCUAGCAAUUCGCAGGCUCACCUUCAGGCGCAGUUUCAAGAGCAAGGGACCGGCGACUCCUCCCCUGGUUACUCCCGCCUUCCGAACGAUUCAGAAGAUCAGUCUGGAGUUGCUGCCGGCAGUCACAUUGGUGGCACACCCUUAGGAUCGAUGCACGUGUACAUGACUGAUGACGGGGUUAAGUGCACUUUUGGACACAGUUCAACGAAUGGUAAGAAUAUGGUCUCGCUGAUGUUCGAGGUUCCGCAGAAUGAAGAUUGGGAGCGGGUCAUUCGUGCUGCUGCCGGAGCGGCGGAAAGAACUAAGGUGACGAUGGACAUUGCCUUCGAGGUGUUGGAAUUGGUUGCUCCAGGGUCAACGAAGCGACCUGGCAAUUUCGGUGAUGAGGAUCGUCGUCGACCUUACGCCCCUUUCCGCGGAUAG